CGUCAAAACAUAAACCUCGCCGGACCCUGCGAUGAUGAACAGAGUAUCGAAAGUGUUCCAACCGGCGCUGAUUGUACCGAAAAAUGCCACUAUCAAACACCGAGAGGUCACAUCUAAAAGCCAACGGCUGAUGCUCGAGCAGGGCCUUCUACGCCAGGCUGGGAACGGUACCUUCCACCUGCUGCCAGUACUACAGCGUGCGGUCCAGAAAGCGAUCGACCUGAUCGACCGUCACAUGCAAUCCGUGGACGCGCAAAGGUUAACUCUCCCCUCGCUAACACCAGCCGAACUGUGGCGCCAAAGUGGUCGCUUAAGCGAGAGCGAUCCACCGACGGAACUAUUACAAACCAAAGAUCGCCACGGAAAGGUGCAAAUUUUGGGCCCGACUCACGAAGAAUCCAUCACCGCACUUAUGGCCGCGAUUGCACCGGUCUCCUACCGACAGUUCCCGCUGCGGCUGUAUCAGAUAUCGACCAAAUUCCGGGAUGAAAUGAAGCCCCGGUUUGGGCUGAUGAGGGCGAAAGAAUUCCUCAUGAAAGAUAUGUACACGUUCGAUGUCGAUCCGCACCGUUGCCGGGAAACGUACGAAGCGGUGAACGCGGCCUACGAUCGGUUGUUCAGCGAAAUCGGUAUCCCGUUCGUGAAGGUAGCCGGAGAUAGUGGAACCAUGGGUGGUUCGCUAUCCCAUGAGUAUCACUUUCCCAGUGAGGUCGGCGAGGAUGAACUGUUGCAAUGCGGCCAGUGCGGUGUGCGUACCAAUUCGGAACAGCUGCACAAGAUAUGCGCCCAGUGUGAUCGAUGUGGUGCAGAAGAGGUUACAACGAAUGCCAGUACUUCCUCCUUUGAACGACAACGAGGAAUCGAGGUCGGGCACGCAUUCAUACUGGAAGAUCGCUAUACGAAACCGUUGGGAGCGAGCUGCUUACAACCGAACGGGAAACCAGCUCCACUGCAGAUGGGUUGCUACGGUAUCGGUGUAACGCGGUUGAUUGCGGCCUCACUGGAAGUACUUUCGAGUGAAAAAGACUUAAGGUGGCCACUCGCACUCGCCCCGUACCGUGUGUGCAUAGUGACACCGAAAGCGGGCAGUAAAGAGGAAUCACUGGUGGGUCCCUGGGUCGAACGGUUGUACAACCAGCUGCACACGACUGUACCAGGAUGCCAGGGGGACGUUAUCGUCGAUGACCGGAAUCAGAUGACGAUUGGCAAACGUGUGCUAGAUGCGCGACGCAUGGGUUAUCCGCUGAUAGUCGUAGUUGGAGCCAAAGCGGCCAAUCCGGCUGGCAGUGAGCUGUUCGAACUGCACAAUCUACUCGCCGGCACAGAGCAGGACCUUUCCUACACCGACCUAGUGGCCACCGUCAGAGACAUUCUUUCAACACGGCACAGCCAGCCAGCCGCCAGUGAUGUAAAGGUGCAAUUGAAGAAUUAA